AUGUUACCCUUAAGGCAAACCAUCUCAAGGACACUCCCAAGACGUGUCUUGAUCCAAAUUGCCAAACCGACAUCGGCAUUUUAUCGUUUCCAAUCCACAAUUACUUCCAAUAAUCAACUGCAACAACCAAUCCCAGAAAAAGUUACCCAUGAUCCGAAAAUUACCAAUCCAGAUAACAACAACUCAGAUUUGGUCGCAGAUGAAGGUGCAGGAAAUGAGGUAAAAGGGGAACGAAGCUAUUAUAUCCAUCCAAUUUUGAAAGAAAUCGGUGAUCAAGUUUCUCAAGCCAUCAAAUCGUCUUCAAAAGAUUUGACAGAAGCUUACGAGGUUUUUGAAGAAGGUAUCACCUACAUUCGUGAAAUUCACACCAAAGAACGUAUCGGUCAAGCGGCAGUUGGUGAAGUCUACUUACCAUUGGCAAGGGAUCUUUUAAUUAAGGCGCUCGAGCCUGGAGCUACCUUAGGUACCAAAUCAUUGGAAGAUUUAUUAACGGUUUUCGAAACCAACAAGAUUGCCCACUCCACUCAAUAUUCAAGAAUUGCUGCUCAUUACCUUAAGGAAGGAGAAUCUUUGGAAACAUAUAGCAAAAUUUUGCAGUUAUGGAUUAGGUUUCUUGAGAUCAAAGGUGUGUCAACGAUAUUUUUCGAUGAAAAUCGUAUAGAUCCUGUUUAUGGUCAUCGUGUACUUUCUGUAUUGACCCAGUAUGCAUUUGCUUUGGCUUGCAUUGAGGAAGGUAGCGAAUAUACAAUCGAUCGAGCAAUGAAGUUGCUUCAAAGGGAUACAGUUAACAGUUUAUGGCACAUGCGAAAUGUCCUUCAGACUUUAGGUCUUUUCAAUGAAGAGACCUUCAAAAGAUACGCGGCUGUAGACGCAGACCAACAAAAAGCCAAUUUUGAUCCAAAUACACGCCAGUUCCACAGAAGAAUUGAUGAAGCCAUUCAGAAAGACGACCGAGCCGAUAUGAAUAAAAUGUUUCGUUUCAUUCAGGAAGUAAGCUCGAAAUAUAAAACCGCUAUUGAUGAAAAAACUACAACUAAGCUAAUGGAAGGAUUCUUUCAUUUAGAAGAUCACACCCAAGUUUUCAACAUAUUUCAAGUAUUGUUAAAAUCAUGUCCAAAACCGCCAUUAGAAGCUUGGAAUAUUUUGUUGAAAUCUUUCUCUACUCCAAAGGAAAUUGCCAAGGCCCAAAACGACCAAGAAAAAAAACAAUUUUUACAGAAAUUUAACCGAUUAGUUGAAACUGUCAAAAGUCAAUAUAAGAAAUUAACUCCUGAUACUUAUGCGCUGAUAAUUUCUGGAUAUUCCAAUUUUGGUAAAUUCGACGAAGUAGACAAGUAUGUUGAAGAACAAAAGGCGUCUGGUCUUCUGGGGAUGAAUAAUAUAGCAAAGGAUGGGUAUUUAGUUGGAUUACUACACAACAACAAGAUUAAUGAAGCUGAAACAAAAUUAGGCGAAUUCACCAGUGAUCGAAGUGGCUAUGUCCCAGGAAUCUUGGUGAUGAACUCCUUCCUUGCUCAUUAUUCCAAUGCUCAAAACUAUAAGGCGGUUGAUGGUAUUCUCGCCUUUAUGCAAAAACACAAGAUCCCCGAAAAUGCAUAUACUUUGACCACUGUCGUUGACAGGUAUCUUAAACAGAUGUACGAGAAGGGUCUUUCUCCUGACAUGAAUGAAGUCUUCAAAUUGAUAGAAUCUGCCAAACUUCCUCGGUUGCCUGGUGCCAUGUUUACCUCUAUCCUUAAAGGAUUGGCAGAUAACCACAAUGCUACCGGUGCCAGGGAAUUAUAUAGUCUCUUAUCCAAAGAAUAUCCCAAUGAUGCAGGUUUAAUAACUGCAAUGCUUGCGACUGAAUUGCAACUAGGAGAUACAAGACACGCUGACAGAAUCUUCCAAGAAGCUAAGGAAAAGUUUCGUGAUUCAUCAAGAAUUUACAACCAGAUGAUUAGAGCUUGCUUAGACAAAGAUGAAAGGUUGGCUUGGGCAUACUACGAAGCAUUCAAGAAUGAAAAAACAAUCAAACCAAAUAAGUACACUUACUUUUUCUUACUUGACCGUGCUUUCGGGAAAAGAGAUGAAAAGAACAUUGAAAGGAUCCUUGCUGAUUUAGAGGCGAACCCGUUGAAAGAUUACGGGCAUCUUCCACGACUUUUCUCAAAAUUAAUUCAGCUUGGGUACAGACUUCCUCCAUCGGUCAUGCAAACCAUCGAAAAAGGCGCCAUGUAA